GAAAAGCUCAAGCGGAGCCAUGCUUCGAGAAUCGACGACGACUGCUCGGUAAAGCGUUGGCAAUGUUCGAGAACUGUGUGCACACAGAUCCUCACGACUACCUGGCGCACUACUACUGCGCUUUGUACCAUGCUAUAGUCCGAGAUUUGGAAGCAGCUCGUGAACGUUGUGCCAGGUCUCUAGAAUUAAACGCAGAGCAGCCGGCUGCUAUAAUGCUGUUAGCUCUUAUUUUCACCGCUGAAGCUGACCUCAAGGGUGCACUCGAACUAGUGGUAAAUGCAUUGAAAGAUUUUCCGACACACUACGGUCUUCUAGUUCUCCGAUUGCAUAUUGAAACUAAAUUUGGUCGAAUCGACGAGUCUCUGGGUACUUGUUCUUAUUUGCUGGAUUUUUGGCGAAAACGAGACUGCUGCAUUGAAGAUGAGCGAGUGCAGCUUACUCUUAAUGUUGCUGAUGGUCAGAGUAUGCUGAAAGAUGCGCCGAGUGUGAAAGCAG